AUGGAUCCACUGUCAAUAACCGCAGCAGUCGUCUCAUUCGUAGACAUUGCGAAGCGCAUCAAAGACUCUGUGGAUAAGGUCGGACAAACUCGCCGGAACCUCCAGCAGCUUGUUGAGAAUAUCGUAGAUGAGCUCACGGCGCUGCAAAAGCUAUGUCAGGGCGGGGGGCUCAACCGCUUCGAUCCGGAUUCAACACGUUCCUUGGAGAAGCUCCACUCCGAUUUGAUCAAUGUCCUGGAGCGCUGCCAAAAACUGACAGAACAGCGCAGAACUAAAACGCGCCUUUCCUCUGCGAGGUACUAUGUUAUCGCCUGGCUCAAGGACGCAGAGAUCGAAGGUCAUAUACUUCGCCUCCGGGAUCGCGUCUCCUCGGUCCACCGGCGCUUCACCAUGAUUGCCUCUCUGCGAGCUGAGCGGGCGGAUCACGAACUCCUCGUCGCGACGUCCGACAUACGUGGAGCGAUGCACAGGAUGGAGACCCUGCUCUCCCCGUUCUUCAUCGCCUCACACGAAUCGGGCACAUACCCCGCCUCAUCUCUCGACCGCACCGCUCAGCUUGACGGCUUCGACUACCAGUUCCUGCACCGCCAGGUGCGGAGGGCGGCGGACCUGCUCGGCCGUAUAUCUGCGACGCAAGCGUUCACGGUGGAGGAAACGCGCGGCCCCAUUUGUGUGGUGUACCGCACAGAGCGGAGGUGGCCGUCACGCCCGAGCCUCAUGCGCAUGGCCACAAUCGAGACGCUGCAACUGCUCGAACUCGACCCGUCGGACCUCGCGCUUUGGGAGGGCGCCGUCCAUCUAUUGUACCUCGGCAAAUACCUGUUCGACCUAAGGCUGGAGGACGACGCGGCGGCGAUCUGCGUUGGGGUCGUCAAUUUAUACCAGGCCCUCAUGCGGAGGAAUCCGAGGACGUACCUGCCGUGUGUUGCCUGGGGCCUUGAGCUGCUGUCCUGCAUCCACUUCGGGACCACGGAAGGACUGGAUGCGGCCAAGCGCGCGGUCGAUAUAUGCAGGGAAACGGCGGCUGUGCUGCAGGAGGACUACCGUGUGGAUCUCGCGCAUAGCCUGCGCCUAUACUCGAACCACCUCGCUGCGAACGGCUGCUUCGACGAGGCCCUCGUAUACGCGGUGGAGGCCCUCGCGAUGCAGCGCCAGGCCCCGCUUCCGCAGCACGACCCGGACUGCCCGUCGGUCUGCUGGGAGGCUUCUGGAGAGGAGCACGUCGCCCUUUCGUCCGCGCGCACGAUCUGCAGACCGUACGACUCGGCCAUCGACGAGAUGCUCUGCCUGGGAAUCUACGCGCAGAUCCUCCGAUCCGUGGGCCGGUGGUCGGAGGCCUUGAUCAUCGCCACGGAAGCCGUGCGCUGCGCAGAUGCGUUUGCGGAGCAGCGGUCUUUCGGGUUCACUAGGAAUUUGGAGAGCUGGGUCGUGGGGGUGCACGAAGAGCACCGGAUCGUCAUGGCGAGGAUUUGUGCGCCGCGUCCUCCGCUCUCGGCCUCGAUCGACGACGUCGACGAGCUAGAUGAACUCGAUAGCGACGAUUCUUCCCGGCAGGGUGGCUCCGACGCGCAGUCUGCCGCGCUCGUGCGUACGUAG